CGUGACUUUACUCUUUCCUUCAGUUUCCGUCGCUUUCUUGACCACAGGUUGUUCCCAACAUGUCAGCAGCUCCUGUUCACAGAGUAUUCUUUGGCAGCUCUCAGGAGAGGAGACUCUUUCCCCUCCAUUAUGCUCCGGACCGGCUGGGAAACCAAAUGUCACGACAGGAAGUGCCUGACCUCGGCCCCGGCUGCUAUGACAACCAUGAGUUUGGCACCAUGCUGUAUGCCUUAGAGAAGACACCGGGGAGUAAGAAGGGAUACGGUCUGUCUGCCAGGACCGCGUUGCGUUUUCCGUCCUGCAACAAGACAGCGACCCCUUCCCCACAGCAGUACCAGCAGGAUCAAAGCCAGUCCACAGUCGCCCCUCCUGGCAAAACCCCUUUCAACUCAACCACACAGAGGUUCAAAAGCACGUCAUGUACAGCUGAGGACAGCCCAGGGCCUGGGACCUACACUCAUGAUGCAGUGACAAACAGGAAAGUGAGCUGGCCGAUGUGCUUUGGGAGGCCAGACAGAUCCAGAAUGCCUCAGAUGGAAAAGAAGUCACUCAAAGUGAAGCUUAACAGUGAAAAGGAGUUCCUGAAGCACAGCAGCAGACUCGCCUACCUGAGUUUGUACUAUUAACAAUAAAGCUGAUGGAUGAAAACACAUGUGACACUGAUGUAAGAUGGAAUCUUUGUCUUAUUAUUUACCUG